ACAGGGGGCGGUGUUGCGCUGUCUGGCGCUGAAGCAGCAGCAGAAGAAGGGCGGUUCUGGCCCUCGUGGAGAAGAGGAGCGACAUGGCGCCUCCAGGGGGGAAGAUAAACAGACCCAAGACGGAGCUCGGGAAGAAGCUCUUCAAGCGGCGCCGGGUUCUGGGCCGGCAGAAGAAGAAGCAGAACCAGAUAAUCGGAGCCGUAGUAGACCGAGACAUCAUCACCGUCCAUCACCUGAAGAAGAGAAGGUCCAGCCCCAGAGCCAACAUCACGCUCUCUGGGAAGAAGAGGCGGAAGCUGCUGCAGCAGCUGCAGCACCUGCAGACAGAGAAAUCGUCCAUGGAAGUGGAACCAGAACCACAGAAGAAGAAGAUGUCCUCUUCCUCAUCAGCUGCUCCAAAGAAGAGGAAGAAGAGGGGGCCUGAUUGCCAUGGAGAUGUGGAGAUGGAGGAUGUGGAGUGAGUCGAGGUCCGAUUUGUCAGGAAGCUUCUGCAUGAACUCAGAACCAUCUGGCAAGAUCAGAACCAGCGACUAGAACCUUCUCUGUGCUUCAACUGGUCAGGUUUAUCGGAACCGCUGAGGAACCAAAGCUGCAGAUUAAUUUUUGUUUUUGAGGGCAGAACUUGAUCGGAUCCCAAUGGACAUUUUUACUGUUUCUCUGUUGUAAUAAAACCCUGCAGAGGUCAGAGUGAAGGUCAGAGUGAAGGUCAGACGGCUCAGCUGUUUGGGUUUCAGGUUCUGGUGGAGCAGAGACAGAAUCCGGUCUUCAUGUGGACCGAGGUCUGUUUGUUCUGAAUCAAGUUUCUCAGUCUGUCAUGUCUGAAAACGAAAAAACAUUUCUGUCAUUAAUGUCAUUCCAUACAAUAUCCAACCAGCAUGAAGAGAUAAACAUUUUCACAAUAAAAGAUUAAUAAAGUUACAAAGAUUUA